AUGUGUGGUGUUGAGCAAGUUUUUAGAGUGCAUGGGGGGAAAGCACCUAAGGCAGUCAUCACUGAUGGGGAUAGGUCAAUGCGGUUUGCCAUUCAGGAAGUGUUUCCAGAAGCUCAUCACAGGCUAUGUGCGUGGCACCUAUUAAAAAAUGCAACUAUGAAUGUGUGCAAGCCUCGAUUCAUAACUCUGCUUAGAAAUUACAUGCUUGCCGACGUGGAGGUGGAGGAGUUUGUGAGGCAAUGGGAGGCAAUGAUGGAUGAGUGUCUUGUCAGGGAAGUAGAGUGGGUAAAGGAUUUAUACACGAAGAAGAUGGCAUGGGCUACCGCUUACAUACGCAGGUUCUUUUAUGCUGGCCUGAGGACGACAUCACAAUGUGAGUCACUGCAUGCAAAGAUGGGGAGGUUUGUGGAGAGGCGAUACAGAAUAUUGGAUUUCGUGACGAACUUCCAACGGUGUGUUGAUUUCUUGAUAGAUAAUGAGGAAGAGCUUGACUUCAGGUCAUUGUAUGGGAGCCCGAUUCUUCAAACUCAGUUCCCGGGGCUAGAGAAGUCUGGUGCAUUGAACUACACGAGGGAAAUAUUUUUGCGUUUUAGAGAGGCGCUAAAAAGAAAUGUUCGGGUUAGUAUCGUGGAGUGCAACAAAUUGGAGGAUCGGAGAGUUUAUGUGACACAAAAGUAUCGCAGGCCGCUAUUCAGGUGGACUGUUGGCCACCACUUUGGGACAGAUUCCUUUUUUUGCAGUUGUAUGAGGAUGGAGUCGUUCAGACUACCUUGCGUCCACAUACUUGCAGUGUUGGUUCAGUUAGACAUAGGUUCUCUUCCAGAAAGCCUGGUGUUGUAA